CCUGGCCAUGGGGCUGCCAGGGUGGGAUCCUGUGUGCACUUGUAACCCCAGGCCACAGUGCUGCCUGGCCAGCAAACCUGUCCAGUCCAGGGAGAAGGGGUGCCCAGGGCUGGGACCUGCUUGGGGUACCCACUCCCAUAUGCUUCCUCAGGCGCCCUGGACUACCUCAGCCUUGCUGCCUGUUUCCCUGACAGAUAGCAGGCUGGCAGCAUGGGAAUGGAGUGAUGGGCAAUUCCAGGGUGGUUCUCUCCAAAAAUGUGGGGGCAGGAUAGACAUGAACCAGAAUGACAUCUGUGAGUGCUGGAUGUGGCUCAGCCCCAGCCGCCUGCCUGCUCUCCGUGCUGUCAGCCUGGACCCUCCCUGGGAGUGGGGUCUGUGCCCACUGCCGCAGCCUGGGAAGUCUCAGCUCCUUCUGGGGGGCAUCAGGCUGUGUCUCAACCCCGGGCUUAAAACACCGGCCCAACCAUCCUCCUUCUUGAGGCAGAAUCCAUCUCAGAACUGCCAGACCCUGGGGGCAGCGGGCCACAGCCAGGAGUGGGACACUGGGGCCACCCUCACCCCCCUCCUCAGGCGCAGCACUGGGCAUGUGGCACUGUCUGGUCCCUGACAUGCUCUGGGCUGGGUCUCACACAAGGCUGCAUUCAUCCAGGACUGGGAAAUUAGAGGGGGAAGGAGCCAACUCUGUCACCUAAUAUGGGUACAAGUUAUCCCUGCUCUUGUGUAACCUGUUGCAUAAAGUGGGGGCGGGUGAGGGAUGCUGCCAGUGCCGGGAGCUAUAAAGGUGGGUGUGGGAAGAGGCAGGUCCAUACAGCCUCUCCUGCCUGCAUCCAGCCCCCGGAGCAAGGAUGAUAGCAGUGCUGCCCAGCCUAGCCCUGGCCCUGCUCUGCCUGCUGCGGGCAAUGGCCGAGGUCCCUGUGCAGCCGGGUUUCAACGCCGAGAAGUUUGCAGGGACAUGGCACAUUGCAGCUGCUGUUUCCAACUGCUCCGUGUUCCUGAAGAUGAAGGAUGUGAUGAAGUCAUCUACCACCACUAUCAGCUUUACGCCAGAGGGGGACCUGGCUAUGAAGCUUGUCUGGCCCCUGCUGGACAGAUGCCAAAAGCUUGAGCUACUCUUCCAGCGAAGCGAGGAGGCAGGGCACUAUUUGGCAGCACAAGAGAAGAGGGACCUGCGUGUGAUGGAGACGGACUACAGCUCCUACGCCAUCGUGCAUGAGCUUCAGCAGAGAGAGCAGGAUCCCAGCACUGCGCUGCAGCUCCUCACACGGGAGCAGGACGUGAACCCUCAGCUCCUACAGAAGUUUGAAGAGCUUAUCCCCACUGUGGGCCUGACCAAGGACAUGCUGGUCGUCCUGCCCAAGUCGGAUCAGUGCACCAAGGCUGUCAGCUGAAGGGGCCGACGCCAGGGCUGUGUGUCCUCCAGACCUGGUGGAAACCAGCUUCUGCUCCCCUCUCUGUGGUGCCCUUUCCCAUUCUCCCCAGCUGGGCUCUGCCAGACCUACUGCCCCACACCAGCAUCAUGCCUUGUCCUCCUAAAUAAAUAGGUGAAGAAGCUGCCCCA